AUGGCUACUGUCCAGGUCUCUAUUCUGGCAAAUGAAGACAAAGGAUUUAGACUGUGCGUCACGUUGAGAGAGCACACAAAGAAUUUAUCCAAACAUAACCUCACAAGGAUACCAUCAGACUUGCCAGAAGACACAGAAUACCUGGAUAUAUCCGAAAAUGACAUCUCAAAAAUUGAUGAAGGUGAUCUAUCCGGUCUAACAUACCUUUGUUUCCUAAAAAUGACACAUUGCAACCUUCAGUUCAUUUCCUCCAAUGCUUUUGUACACAAUGAGAAGAUCAAAGUCCUCAACAUCUCCCACAACGACUUGAGCACUAUACCUGACCUAGCUUUGCCACAACUAAGGAUCCUCGACUUGUCCAGCAAUCAUUAUGAUAGCUAUAAAGUCCCGAGUUUGUUUGGGAACCUUUCACAGUUAAGUUACCUUGCACUUGGGAGUCCGCGUGCUAUUUAUGUGAACGUUAAUGACUUUGCACCUCUUAGAAAUACGUCUCUACAACAGUUCAGUCUUGGAGAUGGUACUGAGCUGCAAAAAUAUGACCAUGGUUCUUUAACUCAACUAAAUUCCUUAAGGGAAAUUACUCUGAAAGUGACAUUUUGCCAAAAGAUUGAUCUUUUCAAAAGCAUGCUUAAAGAUCUUGACCAAACACAAACAAAGAAACUGAUACUGGUUAAGCUCUUUCCGGAUCAAUGUAACAUCUCGGAUGAUCCUUUUGACAUGUUUGAAAAUUUUAAAGUUCUCAGCAACUUAUCCAUAGUGGAUACCUGGAUGAACAGUUCUGUCAUGGUCAAGCUUGUUAAGAAUAUCUGGGAGUCUUCUUUUGAGGAACUCGCUUUUGUAAAUAUUACUUAUAAUGAGGACACUCCUCAAGGGUCUCAACUUUAUGUUCAGAACAACACCAGAAAUCUACGAGCAGUUAUAUUCGAUAGAGUACACCACUAUCAAUAUCAAUACCCCAAAAUUAACAUUUCAUUGAACUUAGCCUCCCAAAUGACUUACUUUAAGUUCUCUGGAACUGGUAUGAACAUAUUACCUUGCAAUUUGAUCUCGGUCAUGCCUUCACUAGAAAUUUUGGACCUGUCAGAUAACCUUCUAGAUGAUACUGGUUUCUGGUGGUUUGCAUGUUCAUACACAUCAGUCUUCCCUGCUCUGAAGCACCUUUCACUGAGCCACAACCGUUUCGUCAACCUGGCCUUUAUCUCCAAGAAAACUCAUGAGAUGAAGGUCUUGGAGUCAUUGGACUUGAGCUUCAACUCCAUUCGCUUAGGUGAACUAUGCUCCUGGCCCUCUCACCUGACUGAGCUGAGUCUUAGCUAUAACAAUUUGGGAAACAACGUGUUCCAAUACCUAUCAAUUCAUUUUCAGAAGAUUGACCUCACCAAGUGUAGCAUAAGCAUCAUAACCAAAGAUAUUCUUUUACAGUUUCCCAGACUCACACACCUCUUCCUAAGUUUCAACAGCAUACAAGUUCUCCCGGCGGAUCUCUAUGCACCUACACUGUGCACAUUGUACAUUGAUCACAAUGCAAUCACCUCCAUAGACAACAGUUUCUUCAAUGGCUUGUCUAACCUGCAGACUCUCAAGGCAGGCAACAAUCCAUUCAGCUGUGGCUGUGAAAACUUUUGGUUUGUGACAAAUUUGAAUAAAUCUCUUCUUUGUGACUGGCCCUUGGAUUACUCCUGCAGUUCUCCUCCGUCAUAUGCAGGAAUAUCUUUAGACAUGUAUAAACCUGGGUGGCUGUCCUGCCAUCCCUGGUUUAAGGUGCCGAUUGCAUUGCCCAUUACAUUUGUCAUCACUGUUGUCUUGGGCUUUGUUUUCUAUGCAUGUGAUGGUGUUUGGUAUACUAAAAUGCUUUGGGUAUGGAUAAGGGUGAAAAGAAGGAGCCUCCAAGGAGCGGAGCGAUUGCUAAAUUCCUCCUUCCAAUACCAUGCCUUUAUCUCCUACAGUGAGCAUGAUUCAGUGUGGGUGGAAUCCCAGCUUGUCCCAACCCUAGAGAGUUCAGACUUGAAUCUUUGCAUUCACAAAAGAGACUUUGUUCCUGGCCAGUGGAUUGUGGACAACAUAAUUAAUUGCGUGGAGGCAAGCUACAAGACCCUGUUCGUUCUUUCAAAAAACUUUGUGCAAAGUGAAUGGUGUAACUUUGAACUUUUCUUUGCCCAGCACAGAGCAAUCAGUGUGAAUGACGAUUCCCUUGUAUUUAUUCUGUUGGAGCCAAUCCCUUCUGAGUCUUUGCCCAAGAAGUAUCUUAAGUUAAGGACCUUGCUAAGACAACAGACCUACCUGGAGUGGCCCAAGAAUGAACAAAAGCAGAAGGUAUUCUGGGAUACUCUCAAAGCCAUGCUGAAGGCAGCAGAUAAAAGUAUAAAGCUGAAAGAAGUGGCCACAGACAUAGUGGAAACAUAUCCUUUACUGGCGGAAAGCCAGUAG